AUGGUCCGGAGAAAAAAUAAGUGGAAGUUCGGUUUUAUACUCUAUAUGCUUUUAUUGAGUGUGUUUACUAAAUCGUUACCAAUCGAAAAAAGUGCAUCCAGUGGGCCGUUGCUUGUCACGACUGAUACAAACUUUGGUAAUUUGGUGGUACCGGAAGAUUUUAUUGUCACUACACAACUAUCCAGCGUAGCAGAUAAUAAUGUACCUACCAUACAAGAGUCGAACGCAACCGACGAAAUAAACGCAACUGCAGUAGAUUCACCGGAAAAUUCAACGUUAUAUGUUUCACGAGACUUUGACCGGUCAUUACGACCUGAACAAGAAGCCAGAGAAUACGUCGUUCAAAUAACAUUCGAUGGUAACAGUUUCAGGGGACGAGUUGCUAUAAAUACCCGUGUUACUGCUAAUUUAGAUGAUCCAUUGGUAUUUCAUGUCGAAGAUCUGAACAUAGAUUCAGUGAGGGUUGGUACAAUCACUGAAGACAAUGCAGUCGACACAGGGUUUAAUGUAGACGAUGGAAUAUUAGAAAUCUUUCCUGAAAGAGAAUCUACAAUUUAUAGAGUGAUUAUCGAGUACAAUGGGCAGAUACGAAACGAUGGUAUUGGAAUUUUUAAAGGCGACUUCAAUGACCACGAAUAUAUAGGAAUGAAUAUGUACCCUACUAAUGCACGACGAGUUUUUCCCUGCAUGGACGACUUGAGAGAUGCAUCAAAUGUGAAGUUCACUUUCAUUGAUGUUCCUUUUAACAACAUAAUAGCUAAUUCUGAACUUGAAGAAUCUGGCAACAAUGAAUAUGUUUUCCGAGCAUUACCAACUCCACUUCAUCUUUGGGGCAUGCUUGCACAUAACUUUAACACCAUAGUGAUUCCCACCAACGAUGUUCAUCUCGUUGGACGUUCCGGUUUGGGUCAGGAUGCGCAAACAUCCAUUGCAAUGAAUCACUUUUUCAAUGCCCUCAAUGAAUGGACGAACAAGCCAUACUUCGAGAUUAUGGGUGAUCAAGACGGCAGAAUGGUCGUAGCAGCAUUGACUGAUACAUCUGUCGAUUGGCACGCUUUAUCAACUGUUUGCAUAUGGGAACCAUACGUUUUUAUGGAAACAAUACAUUCAGUGCAACAAAGAAAGAUUGGCUUGGUGAAGCUCGCAGAAGCAAUGGCGAGACAGUGGUUUGGGUACGUGAUUCAUCCAAGUAACUGGAAACAUCAAUGGAUUAUUAAUGGCUUAGGUAGUCAUGCCGCUUACGAAGUGGUCAAAGGGUUCCAGUCAGGAGACGAUAAUACACUAUUGCUUGACAUGAAUAGUAUAUUUGUAGCAGACGUAAUCCAAGAAAGCUUAUUCCGUGACGGAUAUAGAGUGGGGAUCCCAUUACAACUUCAGGAUGACAUAUUUGAUGAACCCGAAGUAAGAGAUUACAUCAACGGCGUUAUGAAGUAUAAGGCGCCAGCAAUUAUGAAAAUGUUAUCACUCACUCUUGGCAAUGAGGAAGUUGACUAUAUUCAAAUGGUGUCUCAAUUAUUGCUCAAUAAUUUGGCUUUAGAACCAAUAUCGUCGAGUAUUUUUGUCGACAUUCUUAAUAGUGUACCGAAUGAGGGAACGGACGUUGGUGACAUUAAUGAUUUUCUGGAGCCAUGGACGAACUCUAGAGGAUAUCCACUCAUUCUAGUAGGAUUACGGCAAAGCCUCCUGGUCGUAACUCAGGAACAUUUUGGCUUUACCACAUCAACAGACCAAGUGUACCAUAUUCCAUUAACAUACACUUCCAGUGUAGAUUUAGAUUUCACUAAUAUCCACCCCAGUACGGUCUUAGAAAAUAUGAUGACAAUACCGAUGCAAUUGAGUGAAGACGAUUUCCCAAUUUUCAACAUCCAGGGACAAGGUUACUAUCGAGUUAAUUACGAAGAUGUUCUGUGGGAUAGGAUUAUUGAGUUUCUUCAAGAUCCUGAUCGGAGAGAUCAAAUUCAUCCAUUAAAUAGAGCUACUUUUAUUGACGAUGCACUUAACUUGGCAAGAGGCGGGAAGCUCAGUUAUGAAAAAGCUUUAGAGGUAGUUCUCACUAUGGAGCAUGAAACAGCCUAUGCCCCUUGGAAAGCAUUUGUCAGAAACAUGGACUUCUUGCGCAAACGCCUCAACUUUCUGCUUGAUGAAGACGACGACGAUGAAUUAGAUCCCGAUAUUUACGUGAGAAUGCUGAGAAGAGCAAUAGUUGCUGCGGAAAAUGAAUAUGGAUUCUACCCUGAUCCUAAUGUUGUGGAACCAGCAAUGAACUCUCUCACGCGAGGAUUGAUUAUGGAUCAUGCAUGCAAAGCCAACUACCAGCCUUGCAUAGCAGCUGCUGUUGAUUGGUUCUAUGAUCCUAAUAGUGACGUACCAACUGUAAACCCAAAUAUUCCCAAAGAUAUUCGACCGGCUGUGUAUUGUACGAUGGUCCGAGAGAACGAUGAAGCCAGCGAUGCUCUGAGAGAGAGACUAGAUAUAGAACUAAGUCAUUACGAGCGUAUUGUCAUUUUGGAAUCUUUAGCAUGUUCCCAAAACGACGAUGCUAUACAAGGAUUACUCACGGAAACUAUUGCAGACAAUAGUCCUUAUGGAAUGGAAGAGAGGUCUAUAAUAUUUAAAGCAGUUGUUGAAAGUAGUUUAGAAGGCACUCGAAGAGCAUUUAAUUUUAUUCAAAUGCAUACUAAUCUAAUAAGAAGUCAGUAUGGCGGUUCACGGAAGUUAGAAGAGUUGCUAUACCUCAUAGCUGAAAAUGCAGUGGGAUGGUUGACUGGUGAUCUUUCUGCGUGGAUUGAUAAUAGGAACAACAACUUAGAUGACUCAUUAGAUGCGGCGGAGAGAGCUGAAGACCAUGCACUUGAGAACCUUAUUUGGGAAGAGACUUUUUUACAAGAAGUCUACGAUUGGAUUGAUGAAAAUGAUGCACCCAAACUGGUGUUAUCCCUAGCCCUUCUAAGUUUAACAUUUAUUGUCACAUUCUUGAGUAGUUGAGUUUGCGUAUAAGCAUAAGCACUUGCAAUGAUAAGAAAUU